CGGCCAGUGAUUUAGCCUAUCGAUAACAUUAUUAGCUAGAGUCGCAGGAAAGCAGAAUCACCACCAUGAAAGCAAGCAUCAUCUCUCUCUCCCUUCUCGGCCUUCUGUUUGCCGGAGUUGGUCUUGCCGCUCCGGUCGACGACGUUGCAGAUGCCCCAGCUGAGGUAGAUGGAAAUGCUUCCAUUCAGGAGAUCCUGCGAGGAACUUGCAGCAGCGUGACGCAGCAGUGCACGGCGCAGAAGCGCCCGGGAAGCGUCUACCACGCUCCGUGCCCCAACAACCACCGCUGCGGGGCGAGACAUACUUGCAACCUCGACACCAUCCGGCUCACAGCUGUUUGUAGCUGAGCUGUUGUGGUGGUCAGCUCCGCCGCGAGCUCUGGAUAUUUGGAGGGGUCGGGUUGAUGGGCCGACCAAGGAGAUGCUCGGGGAUUGACUGAUUGCCAGCGAUAGGACGGAGGACUCGGCUACAGUUGGUUCAUUCAACAUGAGUCUGCUGUUUUGCUUGUUGUAUAUUUGUUGAAUUAAGCACGUUGGAU